AUGAAAUACAUUCUAUUCGUGGUUGGUACUCUCCUUGUUUGCAUUAUGUCAAUGGUGAUUCAUGCCGAGAAUCCACAUGCAGGACAAGUCCAACACAUUGUUGCAUUCAGAUAUGAAGCUAAUGUGACCCAAUCUGAUAAGGAUCAAAUCAUGAAAACCUACUUCUCACUCAAGGAAAGAUGUGUCAAUCCAGAAACUCAUCAACCUUAUAUUUUGUCAUUUGAUGGUGGUUAUCCGAAUAGUCCGGAGGGUUUUGAUCAAAAGAUGGAACAAAUCUAUAUUGUCACAUUCAAGAAUGUUCAAGAUCGUGAUUAUUUCGUUGGCAGACCAUUCCAUUUCCCAUAUGAUCCACUCCAUGAUGCUUUCAAAAACUUUGUUGGACCAUUCUUGAGAAAACCAAUUGAAACUGGUCUCAUUGUUAUGGAUUUCCAAGUUUUGAAUAAACCUUAA